AAGAGGCGCCGGGUCUGACUGCGCAGGCGCCAAGUGUGGAGCGUGGUGCAAAUCGGGAAGACGCUUGUUUUUUUAUUUUUCAUAUAUGUAACCGGAGUUACUUAUUAGUGCUUUGGCUGCCACAUCUUGAUUGUAAACUUUAAAACAUAAGUCCGGAGCGGGGAACGGAAGUGAGUGACCUACAUAAUGGAUUUCCAAAACAGACCAGGUGGCAAGACUGGCAGUGGGGGUGUAGCGUCCGCCUCUGAGAGCAAUCGUGACAGGAGGGAGCGGCUGAGGCAACUUGCCUUGGAAACUAUAGACAUUAACAAGGACCCCUAUUUUAUGAAAAAUCACUUGGGCUCAUAUGAGUGCAAGCUAUGCCUUACCCUGCACAAUAAUGAGGGCAGCUAUCUGGCUCACACACAAGGAAAGAAGCAUCAGACAAACCUUGCGAGACGAGCUGCAAAGGAAGCCAAAGAAUCCCCAGCUCAACCUGCCCCAGAAAAAGUAAAGGUUGAAGUAAAGAAAUUUGUGAAAAUUGGACGCCCUGGUUAUAAAGUAACAAAACAGAGAGAUCCUGAGACUGGACAACAAAGCCUACUGUUCCAGAUUGAUUAUCCUGAAAUAGCAGAGACCAUCUACCCACGUCACAGGUUUAUGUCUGCUUAUGAGCAGAGGAUAGAGCCCCCAGACAGACGUUGGCAGUACCUUCUUUUUGCUGCUGAACCUUACGAGACAAUUGCUUUCAAGGUCCCAAGUAGAGAAAUUGAUAAGGGGGAGAGCAAGUUUUGGACACAUUGGAAUAGAGAUACAAAACAGUUCUUUCUGCAAUUUCAUUUCAAAAUGGAGAAGCUCUUGCCUCCACCUACCAUGCCCGUACCCCCUCCUGGUGUAAAAAGGCCACCACCUCCUCUUAUGGGUGCAUUGCCCCCUCGACCACCUACCAGUGAUUCGGUCCCUCCACCACCUCCAGGAGGAAUGCCACUGCCUCCAGGAGCUCCUGUUCCACCACAGAUGCCACCACAGAUUCCUCCUCCAGGACCUGGAAUUCCACCCCCUGCUCCUCUACCUCCCCUAUUGAGACCCCCACUGCCUACUGAUGCAUCUGGGAACAUGCCCCCGCCUCUACCUUCAAGCUGAACUCCAUCCAUCUUGAUCAAAUUAAGGACUGUGCUAUUUUUGUUUUACCCAUGGGUGUUCAUAGGAACAGCUUAAUCUUAGAAAUAAACAGUUGAUUUCUUUUUCA